AUGCGUCGGCUGACUUACUGCUCGGGACUCGUUCCUGACGUGCAGCGCGACCCGUCAUCCCCCGCGGUGAACUCUGAAGCCUUUGCAGACUCCAUUUCCCGGCGUGCCUCGCGGCUCUCUGUGCGGACCGAGGGCGGCGACGGCGGCGCGGCCUCCGGCCCAGGCGGCAGCGGCGGUGGGAAGGCGUCAGUCGGAGCAAUGGGUGGGGGCGUGGGGGCCUCAAGCUCCGGGGGUGGCCCCAGCGGCAGCGGCGGCGGAGGCAGCGGCGGCCCCGGUGCGGGCACUAGCUUCCCGCCGCCCGGAGUGAAGCUGGGCCGUGACAGCGGGAAGGUGACCACAGUGGUAGCAACUCUAGGCCAAGGCCCAGAGCGCUCCCAGGAGGUGGCUUACACAGACAUCAAAGUGAUUGGCAAUGGCUCGUUUGGGGUCGUGUACCAGGCACGGCUGGCUGAGACCAGGGAACUGGUGGCCAUCAAGAAGGUUCUCCAGGACAAGAGGUUCAAGAACCGAGAGCUGCAGAUAAUGCGUAAGCUGGACCACUGCAAUAUUGUGAGGCUGAGAUACUUUUUCUACUCCAGUGGGGAGAAGAAAGACGAGCUUUAUCUAAAUCUGGUGCUGGAAUACGUGCCCGAGACAGUGUACCGGGUGGCCCGCCAUUUCACCAAGGCCAAGUUGACCAUCCCUAUCAUCUAUGUCAAGGUGUACAUGUACCAGCUCUUCCGGAGCUUGGCCUACAUCCACUCCCAGGGCGUGUGUCACCGCGACAUCAAGCCCCAGAACCUGCUGGUGGACCCCGACACUGCUGUCCUCAAGCUCUGUGAUUUUGGCAGCGCAAAGCAGUUGGUCCGGGGGGAGCCCAACGUCUCCUACAUCUGCUCUCGCUACUACCGGGCCCCGGAGUUGAUCUUCGGAGCCACUGAUUACACCUCGUCCAUUGAUGUGUGGUCAGCUGGCUGCGUACUGGCUGAGCUGCUCCUGGGCCAGCCCAUCUUCCCUGGGGACAGUGGGGUAGACCAACUGGUGGAGAUCAUCAAGGUGCUGGGAACACCAACCCGGGAACAGAUCCGAGAGAUGAACCCCAACUACACGGAGUUCAAGUUUCCCCAGAUUAAAGCUCACCCCUGGACAAAGGUGUUCAAAUCUCGAACGCCGCCGGAGGCCAUCGCGCUCUGCUCUAGCCUGCUGGAGUACACGCCGUCCUCGCGGCUGUCCCCUCUGGAAGCCUGCGCCCACAGCUUCUUUGAUGAACUGCGAUGUCACGGAACCCAGCUUCCCAACAACCGCCCGCUUCCCCCCCUCUUCAAUUUCAGUCCUGGCGAACUCUCCAUCCAACCAUCUCUCAACGCCAUUCUCAUCCCUCCUCACUUGAGGUCCCCAGCGGGCACUGCCACCCUCACUCCAUCCUCACAAGCUUUAAGUGAGGCUCAGACCGGCUCGGAAUGGCAGUCGACCGAUGCCACAGCCCCCCUCACUAACUCUUCCUGAGGGCCCCACCAGCUACCCUCCCAUCUGGGAGCCUCCAGUGGGGCUGGGAAGGGGGACCAUAGCCCAUCAAGCUCCUGACCUGGCUGGGCCCCUAGACUAGAGGGCAGAGGUAAAUGAGUCCCUGUCCCUACCUCCAGUCCCUCUCUCACCAGCCUCACCGUAUGGUGGGCUUUUUAAGAGGAUUUUAACUGGUUGUGGGGAGGGAAGAGAAGGAAGGACAGGGGGUUGGAGGCAUGAGGACCUCCUGCCCCCUUGGCCCCCUCCCCUCCUCCCAGGCCUACACUCCUCCAACCCCCUUCCUCUCCUGUGUCCCUUGUAAAUAGGACCAGACCAGCCCGUCUACUCCCCCCUUCCCUGCUUCCCCUUCCCCCUCGGGUGUAAAUAGAUUGUUAUAAUUUUUUUCUUAAAGAAAACGUCGAUUCACACCGUCCAACCUGGCCCGUUCCCCUUCUACAGCUGUAUCCCCCCUCCUGUCCUCUGCCCUGAAGGUCUCCUCCCUCCUCUCCCAACCCUGGAGGGCUGGGGACGGGGUGGGCAGGGGGAGUUCCUGAAGUCUUAGUUUCCACAGUAAGGUUUGCCUGUGUACAGACCUCCGUUCAAUAAAUUAUUGGCAUGAAAACCUG